AUGGGAAAAACAGGAGAAUGGGAGAAUGAGAGAAGGGGGAAGGGGGAGGACAACAGGAAAGGGGAGGAGGACAACAGGACGGGAGGAGGACAACAGGACGGGAGGAGGACAACAGGACGGGAGGAGGACAACAGGACGGGAGGAGGACACAGGACGGGAGGAGGACAACAGGACGGGAGGAGGACAACAGGACGGGAGGAGGACAACAGGACGGGAGGAGGACAACAGGACGGGAGGAGGACAACAGGACGGGAGGAGGACAACAGGACGGGAGGAGGACAACAGGACGGGAGGAGGAACAGGAGGGAGGAGGACAACAGGACGGGAGGAGGACAACAGGACGGGAGGAGGACAACAGGACGGGAGGAGGACAACAGGACGGGAGGAGGACAACAGGACGGGAGGAGGACAACAGGACGGGAGGAGGACAACAGGACGGGAGGAGGACAACAGGACGGGAGGAGGACAACAGGACGGGAGGAGGACAACAGGACGGGAGGAGGACAACAGGACGGGAGGAGGACAACAGGACGGGAGGAGGACAACAGGACGGGAGGAGGACAACAGGACGGGAGGAGGACAACAGGACGGGAGGAGGACAACAGGACGGGAGGAGGGGGCACAGAACACCAGACACAACAGUAA